CGUAGUUCAGUGGUACGCUUCCGCAUUGAGCUGAUGGGACUUUCCAACAGCUGAGCAGGCUUCGCUAGCUACGGCUAGCACUUAUUAAAGCUUGCUGCUUGCUCGGGACAAUCACACCAUUGGAGCUUUUGUCUUGAUGAGACUUGGAAUCACUACACGUGUGGCGUCCAACAGAUGGACAUCAACGUUUCUUUAACAGGCAGUGAAGCAAAAGUUCUGACCUCAUCUAAAACAACAUUGGCUUGUGUCUCAGGUCAGGCUUGGAGCCAUGAUUGGAGAUGUUCGUAAUAAGACGUCCGUGCAGCCCGCAGCUGAGCUACUACAAUUGAAAGCGCCAUCUCUUGUGUAGAUGAUGUGCUGCUGAGUCUUGUUUCCCCGCUACUCCCCCCCACCACGUUAUCAUCACUGAGUGUGUGCUGCUGUGCCAAAAUGAUGCUUCAGUGUGACAUCCUUGUGCAGAUGAUGCAAAGGGAGUGAUGCACUCUCCAAAAAGAAAACCAGCUGACUGUUAGUCUGCUGCAUAUAAUGGAUGCAAAGUUAAAAGAAGACCUGUUCCGGCGAUAUGUGGGGGCACUGGAGAGGCGCCUUCAAGAUGGAGGGGAAAAAUAUGGGAUGGCAAACUCGCAUGAAGGGGACAAUGGGAGGCACAAGGACAGCGAGGCCCUACUUUCCACAGCCACGGCGCUCCUCGGGGCCUACCAGCCAGAUCCAGCACAGCGUUUCCGCAUGGUGCGCUUUUAUGAAGUGGUUGAGGGUUCACUUCGCUGCCAAAGAGGAGGCAACCUUAGGAGCCUGGAGAGAGCUUUCCACACUCUGGAAACUCUAUGCACCAACCUCUUACUCUUCCCCUGGAAGAAAGAGUUCAGAUGCAUUAAGACUUUCACUGGCCCGUACGUGUACCAUCUGAAGUCCGCCAUCUCCGAUGCAGAGCUUCGAUCGCUGAUGCGCACAAUCGGCUACAUCUGUGACCACGACUCGCAGUUUUACUUCCAGGAGCAUCCGGGAGGCUCGGCUCAUCUCCGCCAGUUGGCUUUCGAGCUGUUCCUGGCCCAGGCGGAGUGUCGUCUUCUGGGAGAGGUCGUGGCUCUGGCCCGCGGUUCCGCUUCGGAGUUGGAAGCCCUGGAACUCCGCAAGGGCUGCAGGGACGACGCAGCCGGCUGCGCCGAGGCCCUCCGCAGACGUGAUAGCCUUGGGGCGGAUAUGGCCCGCCUGUCCGUGCAGCCUCUCGAUAUCGAGAGACCUCACGCUCACCACCUGAGGCGAGGUAGCCGGCCGUCCAAGUCGGUCGACGUGACAGAUGGGGCAGGUCAUUGGCACGCAGCGGUCAGCAAACCGAUCCUGAAAGCCUCAUUGAGUCUGAGGAAGGAGCCUCUAUUUGUGGACACCGAGGAGGAUAUGAAGGAUGAGAUCAUCAGGCCCAACACCUCUGUAUCUCUGUUUUCCGUGGCGGCGCCUCCUUCCUAUAGCCCCAUUGCCGAUUUCUUCCCCACCCAGUCACCUUCGCAGGGCGAUGCGUACACAUCCUACCACCUUUCGUCGCUGGAUGAAAUUGACUUGUACACAGAGAGAGGCGGUGGAACCGGCGGGAGGCAAACCCCCUCGCGGCCUCCUUCCAGAGAGCCGAGAGACGCGCGAGACGGCUGGCUGCUCAAGUCCCACGGCAAUGUAAAGUGUCAGGGCUGUGGUCUGGGCUGCUCCACGAUGGCCUCCUGCCAGAGGUGCGACAUGAUCCUGUGCGCUGCGUGUCAUGACGUCGAACCCUCGCCAUGCUGUAGCCUGCAGGAGUACCACCCCAAAGCCGCGCGGCCAAUUGACGGCUACAUUCCCGUCAAGGAGAAGCUCUCGGUCUACUCAAACACGCACUCCCACUCGCAUCUCCACCCACACCCUCUUGCACUGACCCACUCACACACUCACUCCCACCCUCACCCCCACAUGGUGGACAAACCUUUGUUGUCCACCAAGCUGUUCCCAAGCAAGUCCGUUGCCUUGACGACCCCGAAAGGAGGCAGCGCCGAGCGCAUAAGCAUGGGAGGAUCGCGAUGCGGCUUUUGCAACAAGCCCGGCGCAUCCCACACCUGCGUCAACUGCUCCAAGGUGUCAUGUGACAACUGCAUGAGCUUGUAUGGCAAGGACAUGUGCACGCGGAAAAAUCCCCAGCACAUGUUUGUGCCCAACCAUCAGCUCAACUUCAAAUCCGUCACCAUAUCGCACACGGUGUACCGGUGAUCCAGGUCAACUGAGACUUUUGCCUCUCCUCUUUUGUCCCCACCUAUUAAAUGGCAGCGCCGCCCGCCGCGCACUGUGGCUUAAGCGCCGUUGCCCAUUUUUGAACUCUGAAUAGUAAAAGUUCCCUCACUGUUGAUAGGGCCACAUUGUCCGCUUUAAGUUUCCACCUUAAAUCUAAUCUCCUCCAUUUUGCCUUGCUACCUGCUCUUGACUCGUCAUGUGAUAAUGUAGUGCUUAGCCGGUUCCUCCACCUUUGUCCCCAAAAAGGAAAAUCCGGAGUUAAAAAGUUGAAUUACUUCUCAUUUAAAAUAAAGUCCACAAUAUUUACUUGUUAGCUAAAAAAAAAAAAUAUAUAUAUAUAUAUAUGAUAUAGUAAAUAUAUAGAGAAUAUAUUGUGUGUGUGUGUGUGCUGAAAAUACCUCCUGAUCUUGCAGCAUGAAAAAAUACUUUUUUUAAAACUUGAAAAGUAGUGACAAGACACUGGAAAUUAGCAACAUAAAAAUAUAUAUUUUUAAAUCUCAAUUCUGUAGAACAAUGUGAGACUUUAAAAUAGAUUUAAAAAAAAAAAAAAAUCUGCCACUAAGGCAAGGUGGGAAGUACUGUAUCUCAAAAGGACUCAUUGAGACAAUGAUCAGAUGCCAUAUUCUAUUUAUAAAGUCAUUCCUUGUAAAUGACCCCUGCCACAUCUCUCCAUGGUUUCCAGCUGGCUGAUGUUUUGAUGCUGCUGUUGACUUGAGAAGUUGACAUAGUGUGAUGUGUUGACCCAUUUGUAGUGAAUUCUAGCCGUGUUUCCAAUCUCAGAACCUCUGCGGUCCAGGAUAAUGCAGACCCCCCCCCCCCCCCCCCCUCACUAAAUCAGAGGUUCCUUGUCAAGUCUCAGGUGGAGUCACAGCAAGUGUCUGGGCCACAAAUCAAUUGCAUGCAGAUUCUUUUCAAGCGUAUGAACCUUGUUGUUUUAAAGAGUAUAUAAUGUGAAAGUUUUCUGUCAUGCUUUCUGUCUACCUCAAAGCACUCCAGCCAGUGUGACUUUACAGAGUUUUAACCUCCUGAAAUGCUGAUGUAGUAUUUGUUGUACUUCCCCACAUAUCCCAAGUAAACUUGUCCAAUCGGAGAUAAUUAAAAACAGCAGCAUUUUUCA